AUGCUUUAUCCAACAACUGAAUAUGCUUAUGUUGAUGAAAAUGGUCAAAAUAUUGAUACACCACCAUCAACAACAAGAUAUAUACAACAUUUCUAUACCGAGAGUAACGAACAACCAGCUUCCACUCAAAUGAUUUUGGAUGACAAUAAUUUCGAUAGUAAUCAACAACAAGUACAAUAUCGACCAAUUGUUAUUGAUGGUUCACAACCAUUAGCAAAAUGUAGUGUACUUUAUUUGGGUACGGCUAUUUCUUCGCCUGGUCAACGUGGUAUCGAUGCUAUACAAGAACCUUUAUCCCGCCGAUAUCCAGUAGAUGGUAAAGAAGUUGUUCGAGGUAUUGAAGCGUGGCUAUCUAUAUAUGAUAAUGGUUUACAAUUACAAUUUGCUCGUGAUCCAUCUGUUGUUUUAUUUUAUCCAAUACGAUCCCUUGUCUAUUGUGCGAGUAUUCGUUUUGCAACACGAACACAAACAGGUGCGGAAUUUCCAAAUGGUUGGCGUUUUGUUCCGUUGGAUUCACCAGCUGCAGCUCGAGUAGAAAAUACACGAAAUCCACCUUUAUUUGCUGUAACUUUUCGACGUACUCGUCAUUUACCUGUUGAUGAAUGUCAUUCUUUUGUAACAAAAACAAGACAAGCUGCAUUAGCACUAGUUCAAGCUUGCUUUAGUGCUUAUCAAGCAACUGUACCUCAACAAGAUUGUUCAAAAGUCCCACUUUAUUUUAAAGUUGAUGAUUAUGGAUCGAAAAAUAAAGAAAUUGAUAAUGAAAUACGUAUUGUACCAGCACCCGAUCGAGAACGAACAUUAGAUUAUCAAACAAAUACAGAAGGUGGUGGUUUUUAUUAUAAAACAGAUCGUGUACCUAUUGAUACAUGGCAAUUAUGGGAACAUCAUAAACAUGACAAUGAUCGAUCAACAAGUAAAAAUCGUUCUAUAACAUCAAGAUCUCGUUCAUGUAGUUCAAGUCGUACAAGCGCUUCUUCAUCAUGUACAUCAUCGUCUUCUUCGUGUUCCUCAUGUCAUCAUAGUCGUCGGAGUCGCCGAAGUCGUCGUCGUCGACGACGAUUAGCAUCAAUGGCAUCAGUUAAUACUAUCCAACGGCAACAGCAGCAGCAGCAGCAGCAACAACAACACCAACAGCAACAACCACAAUCCUUUCAAGCACCUGACUCACAAUCGUUAUUUACAAAUACUAUUAAUACGGCGGCAACCACUCCUGUUCCACAAUCAGCACAAUCCAAUGUUGAUCCAUAUGCACCAGCACCGAAUUUAAUUCGUGUUGAACGUAUAAAAGAUGUUAAUUCAGGUCAAGAUGUAUUUAUUCGAUGGAUCAGUGAAACAAAUCCUUCAUCAACAGUAAAUGAUGAACAACAAAAUUCUGCACCACAACAAGCUUAUUCUACCCAACCCCCGUCAAAUUCAGGAGCAAAUUAUCGUUAUCAAUUAGAACAAGACUUACCAAGUGAAUUAGAACAAAUGGCAUUAGAAGAUGAACAUCUACGAAAAUCACUUUUAUUUGAUGAUAGAUCACCAUCAAUAUCAUCGAAUUAUAAACAGAAGAAAUAUAAAAAACGGGGAAGUCAUCGUAGUUUUGAUAAUGAUAAAGUUAGUUAUGAAGUUGUAAAUGGAUUUUUUGAAGAUCGUCAAGGUAAACGACGUCCAAUAAAACUUGAUCGUCCCCAUAUGAAUACGAUGGUUAAAGACUAUCGACAUUUAUUUAAUGAUCCAGUUAAUUCAUCUGUGGUACCAAAUGAUCGUCGUCUUAUUCAUCCAGCAACAUCAGUAGUUCAUCCCGCAAUUCGAGAACAACAACAACAACAACAACUACAACCACAAGUUCAACCACAACAACAACAACAACCACAAUUUCCUAUACUUACAUUUCCUCGAACAAAUCAACAAUUGAUGAGACCAUACGGAGCACCAUUUAUUCCACGUGCUGCACCUAUGUAUCCACAACAAUCAUUCCCAACAACACCAUUAUUUUCUCAGCCAAAUUUUAUAAACGGAUCACCUAUGGCACAUCCUCCAUAUUGGUAUCGACCAAUGUAG